AAUGUCAGUCAGUCAUUAUUUUUUCGAAUUGGACGAAAGGAGUUGAAUUCGCCUUUUCAUGAUUUAAAUUACAAUAACCAUGGCUAAUACAGGCUUAUUGCCAUUUGUACGUGGUGUAGAUUUCACAUGUAACGAUUUCAGCGAUGAAAAAUUCCCAGAUGCUAUUCGAUAUAUGACAGGGCUUCAGUGGUUGAGGCUAGAUAAAACAAAUUUGACUGAAGUGCCGGAGGAAUUAGGAAAACUUAUGAAAUUGGAGAAUCUCUCAUUGAAGAAUAAUAAUCUGGAAAAGUUAUUUGGUGAGCUGACAGAGUUGAAAUGUUUGAGAUCUCUCAAUGUGAGGAGAAACCGAGUGAAAAGUUCGGGAAUUCCAGCAGAACUGUUCCGACUGGAGGAGCUGACUACACUGGACUUGUCCCACAACAGACUGAAGGCUGUACCUGAAGGCCUGGACAAAGCCAAAUCAUUGCUUGUACUGAAUCUCAGCCAUAAUAAGAUUGAAUGCAUACCGCCUACACUUUUUGUCCAACUGACAGACCUAUUAUUUCUGGACCUAUCGGAUAAUUUACUGGAAACUCUGCCACCUCAGACGAGGAGGCUGGCAAACCUGCAGACUCUGAUACUUAACGACAACCCGUUGGGGCUCUUUCAACUACGGCAACUCCCUUCCCUCCAGAGCCUGGAGACCCUACACAUGCGGAACACGCAGCGCACACUAGCCAACCUCCCCACCUCACUGGACACACUAUCAAACCUUUCCGAUGUGGAUCUCUCUAAAAACGCCCUUACCAAAGUACCCGAUGCGCUGUACUCGCUGCUCGGACUGAAGAGGCUUAAUCUCAGCGACAAUGACAUCACUGAGGUGUCACAAGCCAUUGACAACUGGCAGAAACUAGAAAGCCUGAACCUCUCCCGCAACAAACUGACGAGCCUCCCGGCAACCCUGUGCAAACUCCUCAACCUGAAGCGACUACACGUGGAUGACAACCAGUUGGACUUCGAGGGCAUACCGUCGGGCGUAGGCAAGCUGUGCAGUAUGGAGGUCUUCUCCGCCGCUAACAACUUGUUGGAGAUGAUUCCUGAAGGAUUAUGCAGAUGCGGCUCGCUCAAGAAACUAAACCUCAGCUGCAACAAACUCAUCACGCUCCCCGACGCCAUCCACCUCCUCAGCGACCUCGAGAGCCUCCAGCUCCACGGGAACCCAGACCUGGUCAUGCCGCCCAAGCCUGUCGAGCGAGUCCGCGGCUCCGGGCUAGCUUAUUACAACAUCGACUUUUCACUGCAAGCGCAGUUGCAGUUGGCCGGGGCGGCUACGUCAGAGCCUGUCACACCUACCAGUGUGAAAUCCGACCCGAUCGCGCGCAAGCUCCGUUUGCGUCGCGGUCGCACCGAGGCGACGGGCGGCGAGCGCGAGUCCGCCAUGAUCCUCCGCGGCAUGCAGGAGCAGGCCAACACGCAAGCCAACGUCGAGCUACCUCCCAACAGCGAGCUCAAGCCUAAACGCUGGGAGGAGAGCUUAGAGAAGCCUCCGCUGGACUACUCGGAGUUCUUCGACGAGGAUACGGGACAGACGCCCGGGCUGCAGGUGUGGGAGAUCGAGAACUUCAUACCCGCGCCCGUUGAAGAGGUGGCGCAAGGCAAGUUCUUCGAAGGCGAGUGUUAUAUCAUUCUGAAAACGGCGCUGGAAGAGCAAGGUCAGCUCACGUGGGACAUACACUUUUGGAUCGGAUCUAAGGCCACGUUGGACAAGGGCGCGUGCGCCGCCAUGCACGCGGUGAACCUGCGCAACCUGCUGGGCGCGCGGCGCACGCAGCGCCACGAGCAGGGCGACGAGGCGGACGAGUUCCUCGCGCUGUUCCCCGCGCCGCCCGUCUACAUACAGGGCGCGCACACCGCCUCCGGGUUCUUCACCGUCGACGAGCCGCGCUACGUGACCCGUCUGUACCGCGUGCACGCGCACGGCAGCGGCGUCCACUUGGUCCCCGUCGAAGUGUCCGCCGCCUCGCUCGACCCGCGCCACGUGUUCAUACUGGACACUGGCCUCAUUAUAUACCUGUGGUACGGUAAAAAAGCUAAGAACACGCUCAAAUCAAAGGCGCGCCUGUUCGCGGAGAAGAUAAAUAAAGAAGAGAGGAAGAACAAAGCUGAGCUGAUAGCGGAACCGCCGGGCAAGGAACCCAAAUCUUUCUGGCAGACUUUAGGAUAUGAAGGCGACGCGUUUGUACCUGAGGAGCACGUGCCAGUAGACUUCAGCUGGCUUCCACCGCGCCUGUACCGCGUUGAGCUCGGUAUGGGCUAUUUGGAGUUACCUCAACCAGAGGCCGCUCCGCUCGCGCGAGGCGUUCUAGCUACGCGCAAUGUGUACAUACUGGAUGCACAUCGGGACGUUUUCGUGUGGUUCGGCAAGAAGUCUUCCCGAUUAGUGCGCGCAGCAGCCGUGAAGCUAGCGCAGGAACUAUUCAACAUGGUGGAGCGUGUGGAGUACGCACUUGUUACGCGCCUACAAGAAGGCACCGAGACUCAGAUAUUCAAGACAUAUUUCUUGGGUUGGGAGGAGGUGAUCGCCGUAGACUUCACGCGCACGGCCGAGUCGGUGGCCCGCACUGGCGCCGACCUCGCCAGCUGGGCCAAGCGGCAAGAAACCAAAGCGGACCUAUCAGCACUGUUCACACCGCGCCAGCCAUCAAUGCCGGCGACCGAAGCCAAGACGCUCGCCGACGAAUGGAACGAAGACUUAGAGGCCAUGGAGGCGUUCGUACUAGAGGGACGGCACUUCGUACGGCUGCCCGACACCGAGCUAGGCGUGUUCUACUCGCAGGACUGCUAUGUCUUCCUGUGCCGGUACAUCCUGCCCGCGGUUAGUAUUAAUAUAUCUAAUAAUAUCAACAGUGCCCCGGAAGACGAAAGCGAGAGCUCCAACUGUGACGAAGAAGGAGACGCGGACGCGGUCACGUGGGUCGUGUACUUUUGGCAGGGUCGUCGCGCGCCCAACAUGGGGUGGCUGACGUUCACGUUCGGGCUGGAGCGCAAGUUCAAGCAGCUCUGCAAGCGGCUCGAGGUCGUGCGCACGCACCAGCAGCAGGAGAGCCUCAAGUUCAUGUCGCACUUCCACCGUCGGUUCGUCAUCAGGGACGGCAAGAGGAACCAGCCGCCGCUCUGCAAGCGGCUCGAGGUCGUGCGCACGCACCAGCAGCAGGAGAGCCUCAAGUUCAUGUCGCACUUCCACCGCCGGUUCGUGAUCAGGGACGGCAAGAGGAACCAGCCGCCGCUCUGCAAGCGGCUCGAGGUCGUGCGCACGCACCAGCAGCAGGAGAGCCUCAAGUUCAUGUCGUACUUCCACCGUCGGUUCGUCAUCAGGGACGGCAAGAGGAACCAGCCGCCGCUCUGCAAGCGGCUCGAGGUCGUGCGCACGCACCAGCAGCAGGAGAGCCUCAAGUUCAUGUCGCACUUCCACCGUCGGUUCGUGAUCAGGGACGGCAAGAGGAACCAGCCGCCGCUCUGCAAGCGGCUCGAGGUCGUGCGCACGCACCAGCAGCAGGAGAGCCUCAAGUUCAUGUCGCACUUCCACCGUCGGUUCGUGAUCAGGGACGGCAAGAGGAACCAGCCGCCGCUCUGCAAGCGGCUCGAGGUCGUGCGCACGCACCAGCAGCAGGAGAGCCUCAAGUUCAUGUCGCACUUCCACCGCCGGUUCGUGAUCAGGGACGGCAAGAGGAACCAGCCGCCGGUCAGUUCACAACCUUAUAUAUACAAGCAGCUCUGCAAGCGGCUCGAGGUCGUGCGCACGCACCAGCAGCAGGAGAGCCUCAAGUUCAUGUCGCACUUCCACCGUCGGUUCGUGAUCAGGGACGGCAAGAGGAACCAGCCGCCGCUCUGCAAGCGGCUCGAGGUCGUGCGCACGCACCAGCAGCAGGAGAGCCUCAAGUUCAUGUCGCACUUCCACCGCCGGUUCGUGAUCAGGGACGGCAAGAGGAACCAGCCGCCGGUCAGUUCACAACCUUAUAUAUACAAGCAGCUCUGCAAGCGGCUCGAGGUCGUGCGCACGCACCAGCAGCAGGAGAGCCUCAAGUUCAUGUCGCACUUCCACCGUCGGUUCGUGAUCAGGGACGGCAAGAGGAACCAGCCGCCGCUCUGCAAGCGGCUCGAGGUCGUGCGCACGCACCAGCAGCAGGAGAGCCUCAAGUUCAUGUCGCACUUCCACCGCCGGUUCGUGAUCAGGGACGGCAAGAGGAACCAGCCGCCGGAGGGCGGCAAGCAGCCCGUGGAACUGUUCGAGCUGCGCAGUAACGGGUCUGCGCUGUGCACGCGCCUCGUCCAAGUGAAGGCCGAUGCGGCGCAGCUCAACAGCGCUUUCUGUUACAUCUUAAACGUGCCACUAGAGGGCGCCAACGACACUUCAUCGGCCAUAGUGUACGCGUGGAUCGGCAGCAAAGCCGACGCGGACUCCGCCCGUCUCAUAGAACACAUCGCCGAACACAAGUUCAACAGUCCCUGGGUCAGCCUGCAGGUGUUGGCCGAGGGAAGCGAGCCGGACAACUUCUUCUGGGUGGCGCUGGGCGGCCGCAAGGAGUACGACACCGACGCGGACUUCCUCAACUACACGAGGCUGUUCCGCUGCUCCAACGAGAAGGGAUACUUCACCGUGUCCGAGAAGUGCACCGACUUCUGCCAGGACGACCUGGCGGACGACGACAUCAUGAUCCUGGACAACGGCGACCAGGUGUUCCUGUGGCUCGGCGCCAAGUGCUCCGAGGUCGAGAUCAAGCUGGCCUACAAGUCCGCUCAGGUAUACAUCCAGCACAUGAAGACCCUGCAACCAGACCACCCGCGCAAGCUGUUCCUGACGCUCAAGAACAAGGAGUCUCGCCGGUUCACCAAGUGCUUCCAUGGCUGGGGCGAGCACAAGAGGCCUCCUGAGUAAAUUGUACGAGACCAU